AUGUUCCAGCUGGACCUCAGCUACAGCAAGAGCAAGGCAAACCAAACCAAGACCAAAAUGACUACCAGGCAUUUUUCAGCACACAGUAUGAACCAAACGACCAGCAGAACCCCACGCAGCCUGAUCUGGACCCAGCAGAGACUCACACUUACCAUCGUCACCAACAUCAUCAACAUCAAGCACCAGAGGAUCAGCUUCACAGGCAACGGUCACCAGGUGCAGAUCAUGUGGCCUCCUCAUUUCCAAACAUCCCCCCUGUCCUCCCAGCCCCUGACAUGAUGGCUCUGGUCAUGUCUCAGCUGCAGCCAAUCCUGGAGGGCUUCAACCACUCUCUAGAGUACCUGAGCAAACAGAUGGAGGUUCUUGUCCAGGAUGUGGAAGAGCUGAAGAGCAGCCAACCGAGGAGGGAACAGAAGGAGAGGUCAGAAGAGGACAAACUGGAAAAAGUGUUCCAGCAGAUUGGGAAGGCCCAGAGACAAAUGGAGGAUCAAUGCAGGAACAUGGAGAACAUGCUACACUCCCAGCAUACACAGCUUCACCAGAACCUAAGCAGGUUUAAGAUGAAUGUCAACCUAAAGCUGGAACACCAUCAGAAGCUGCUGCAGGUCAGUCUGCAGACCAUGAACACAACAUUAACUGAGCUGAAACUGGAUCAGGAUCAGUUUCCUGACCAGAAACUAGAAGAUGAGCUGCCCUCCACUGCUCUACUUCAUCCUGACCCUCCAGACACAGGGGCGCUGUGGGAGGCCAUCACACAUCUGGACAACAUGGUGGUCAACAAUACAAUGAAGGUGGGCAGCCUGAUGGAGGAUGUGGAAAGUACAUCUGGUGCAAUUGAGCAGCUGACGCAGCAACUAAUAGUUCUGGAAAAGCAGAUCAACCAGACAGCCCGCACCUCCCAGGUUCUGUUCAUGGAGACAGGUCUGGAAGUGGAGCAGGCUAAAGUUGUGGUUCAACAGCGGGUGGAGGAGCUGGCGGUAAAUGUGACGCAGCACGAACAACGAUUGCAGGAGAUGGAUGUAGAUGUAGACUAUUUGUACACAGUCCUCUACAGGCAGAACUCAUCCUCAGACUGCAUGGUUCUGAAGGCUGCCAUUGCUCGCCUUGAAAGGGGCAUGGCCAAUAUGACUGAGCUGGCCAAUGAGAACAGACUGGCACUGGAGGAAACUGAGGGUGGUGGAGCAGAGUGGGUUAAAACCAAUGACUGGGAACCAGUGGUGGAGAAACUGCAACACAGUCUGCAACAGGUUGAGGAGACUCUGGUCUUGGAGCGGAGCAGAACCAUGAAUCUAGACCUUGGCAUGAUCCAGCUGAACAGCUCAGUCUUGGCUCUGCAGGAGAGAAACACACAGCAGGAGGUGCAGCUGAAGCUCCUCUCUGCCUCCUUCCGCUCCCUGCUGGAUGAUGCCAUUCGGCACAAUGAGGUACUGCAGCUAUUGCUGGGGGAGGAGGUGCUGGAAUUCCUAGAAUGGACACACGAGAAUCAGGAAGCCCACUCCCUCCCUGUCCUGAAGGAGCAGAUCAGGGAGCUCAUGAAGCAGCUGAGUCUUCCUAGUGGGACAGGAGACAGAGAAGAUGUGCCAUCUGCUGACCAGCCCUACCACUCCUCCUUCUCCUCCCUUCCCUCAGACUGGCCCCCUGGUGGCCCAAGAAGAAGCAGUGGGGGAGGUCCAUUUGGGCAGAACCAGCAGCUGUUCCUCUAUCCUGAGAUAAUGCAGCAUGCUGGAGAUGGCAGCGACCUGUGGAACCUGGAGAAGAAGGUAGAGAAGAUGCAGCACAGGGUGAUCCAGCUGGAGGAGAAUGUGUGCUUCUGCAACAGCAUCCCUGCUGACAAGGAGGCACCCCACUCAGGUGCGAAGGUUCAACUGCUUCAGGAGGUUACAUUGAUGAAGAGACAGCUGGAGGAACACCUUAGUGUCUUCAAGAAUGUGUUCAGUAACACAGAUCUACUGGCAGGGACUCGUAGGACUUUGGAGCUAGACAAGCUAUGGGAGCUGAUGAAGAAGAAAGACAAUAAGAAAGGAGUAAAAGGACAGAGGAAGAGCCGUAGCAGGAGCAAGGAGCCUGGUGUGUUCGACCAAAUUGUCGGCUCUCUGCUGUUUGUGGGCGAAUCUCCCAGGAGAGUCUCCAAUGGUGCCAUCUUGUUCCAGUCGUCUCUGAACCAGGGUCAGUUCUACUCUGAUUCUGGCACCUUCAUAGCACCAGUGGAUGGGAUAUACCUGUUCACCCUCACCUUAGACCUAAGGCCAGGCCCCACCCAUGUGCUCCUGAGGUGGGCCGAAGAUGGAGGCGAAGCUUUUAUGUCUCUGCAGCAACAGGAAGUGACAGAGGCAGGUCUUGUGAGCAGCAUGAGCUUCCUACUGCUGAGGGAAAGGGAGAUGAUGAGGCUAGAGGUCAGGAAAGGAGAGUGGGCGGAGUCAAAGUACAACAUGCUCUUUGUGCUCCUGCUGCAACGAACAGCCUGAGGGUGCCAUGGACAAAUCAGCUGACAGGAAGUAGAUACAUAGACCUUAAAGUACAGAUGAAGAGCUGAUCAGAUGAAAAAACACAGAUCUAAUUCUGAUCAUCACACAGCCAGGCUUUUGGACUUGUAACUGACAACAGCAUCUUUUUCCUCUCGUUUAUGAAUUUAGCAGCAAAAAUACAACAAAAUUCUGCCCCGAGGUUUAUUUAAAGGGGCAAUAUCAUGUAAAAUCUG